AAAACAUUAAACGAAAGUAAAUCCACGCAUUAAAAUGCUGCUUGCCACGGAAAAACUGAGCGGCUGCUGCCGUCGCUUUUGGGACUUUCUAAUGGCGCCGCUAACACCCAGGAAUCUAAGGACCACAGCGAUGCUCACGAGCAUAUUUCAAUUGCUCGUUGCCCAUUGUAUUCUGUUCUUUAUGCUGCUCUGCCUGGCACAUGCGGAGCAGAUUCAUCGCCUGCUGGAGCUGGAUAUACUGGAUCAGAAGGAUAAUGGCUUCUACACCAUGGCACCCUUUCACAACGAUCUCAGACUGCGUUCGGCAGCCCAACUAUCCGAUGCCAUGGAGAACUUCCUCUACGUCAUGGUGGGUGUCUCCUCGGUCUACGCGCUGUGUGCCAUCUCCCUGUUCUUUGGCGUGUACAAGAGUCGACCGGGUUUGAUUGUGCCCUGGCUGCUGGCAGAGUUCCUGUGCAUUCUGGGCAUCGGCGUGUUGAUCUUUAUGCUCAAAGAUACCAAGCUGACAAUGAUCUUUUGCGGCAAUGUGCCUUACUUUAUUAUAUGCUACAGCUUGCUCUGCAUGGACUGCAUCAAGUGGUAUUCCAUGCACAGCUUCUAUCAGAGUUUGCGCACGAUCAACAAGCUGCGAGAGAUUGCCACUGUGGCCAUACCCUGUCCAGCACCAGGAGCGAUUCCCUAUCAUUUCCGCCGCGAGCACAUGUACUUGGGCAGCAAUGGCUAUAAGCAUAUACUCACCGAAUCCCCGAUGGACAGUGCUAGAUCCAAACUACAAACCCAAAGAAGUUCUCAAACUUUCACCCUUGGAAAUUGUUUUAGUUUUUCGGUUUUCUUUUAUCUUUCAAAAAGUGUGUGUGAUAUGAAAAGAGCAAGCAGAGUACUAUUUUAGAUAGCCAAUGGAACGCAUCGAGUGGCCUAUUUUAGCAUACACAAAGAGGGAAUGUCCAUCCAUAUCUUCAUAAACUAUUCUUAUGGUUCGUAGUGCUUGGCCGUCUCUCUCGCCUACUAAAAACUAGAUCCUAAUCCGUGUAGUUUGUGCAUGUCGUUACUUAAAACAAUUUCAGCACUUAAAUAAAAGUUAGCAACAA